CUGAAGGAAAGGACAGAACGGGGUCACCAUGUGUACACAACUCCAUCAUAUUUUUACUUCUUGAUAUAUGCAAGUUUAGAACCCAGUAAAGACACACAAAUUUUCUGCCCAAUCUGCUCUCAAAGUUCGUUCCAGUUUACCCUGUCACACAAAAGACAGCAUGGAAGCCAUUGCAAAGUUUGACUUCAGCGCAUCAGGAGAAGAUGAACUGAGUUUCCAUGCUGGUGAUGUUCUAAAGAUCUUAAGCUCUCAGGAAAACUGGUACAAGGCUGAGCUGAGGGGUAAUGAAGGAUAUGUCCCGAAGAAUUUCAUAGAGUUUCACAUUCCCAGCUGGUUCCAUGAAGAUGUGUCCCGUCACAAGGCUGAGAGUAUGCUGAAGGACAAAAAUGUUGGCUCUUUCAUCGUUCGAGCUAGUCAGAAUUCCUCAGGUGUCUUUUCUAUCUCCGUCAGACAUGAAGAAGAUGUUCAGCACUUCAAAGUGAUGAAUGACACCAACGGAAACUACUUCUUGUGGAGUGAGAUGUUCCAAUCCUUAAAUAAGCUUGUGGAAUACUACAAGACAUUUUCCAUUUCCAAACACAAACAGAUCUUCCUGCGAGAGGGACCCAUAAAAGAAAAGCAGGAAGCAGGUACCCAGGCCAAAAGGGAAAAGGAGGUAGUUCACCCACCUGCCAAAGGAGAAGGAGAAGCAUCAGGCCACAAGAAGGAUGUUGAUCAUUUUACGUCUUGGCAGCAUAAGCAGGACAGGCGUGGCAGGAGUCUGGAUAUUCAAGAUGGGCCUAGAGGCCAAAGAAACCAUGGAGAAGCAAGUACACCAUCUAUGAUACGAAGACAUACUGAUCCAGCACAACAACCACAGAGAACACGAUGGGUUCGUGCUUUAUAUGACUUCAAGGCAAUGGAGGGUGAUGAGCUAGGGUUCUGCACUGGAGAUAUAAUAGAAGUCCUGGACAGCUCUGAUGCCUUUUGGUGGAAAGGCUGUUUACAUGGAGAACUUGGUCUCUUUCCUGCUAACUACGUAGGACCUGUAACCUGGUGAAUUCACAUUAUUUGUGAUUGUACCUGUAAAUGAAGACAUUCCAUCAGCUCAGUAGAAGAAAUCUUUGUUACUUCAUGCAGUUUUCAUAACACAAGUUGUCAAGUAGUUUUGUUCAUUUUACUACCAUAUUUUGAUAAAAUGCAAAGGAAACUACUUUUGCAUGUUUCACAGUAGAACAGACCUGUGUACAGCUGUAAUUGAUGUAAACCAGUGAAGAUAUGAAAAUAUUCUGUGGAGGAGGGUUUUUAAAUAUAUAUAAUUGAGUGGUUUUGGUCAAAAUCCCAUUGGAUAUUUAUACAUGCACAAGAGGAAUCAUGAAAGCUGCUGUAGCUAAUUGUAGCUAAUUGAUGAAGUGCAGAGCACAUGCUAGACACACAAUGCAAAAUCAGAAGGGCAAACAGGUGCAGGAUCAACAUGUGACUGGUACCUCGUCAGUUUGCUCCAACAACUUUCACACUUAAUAUCCAACAGGAUUCUUCUGGCCAGUGAUUUUUUUUCAAAAAGUGAACAAAGAUACAGUAUAUUUUAACAUUGUAAAUGAGUAUACAAUGCUUUAAUCUGUAUUUUAUUUUUUAAAAGUCAUUUAGUUCUCCAGAGCCACAGGGGAAUCCAGACAAAUGACAGAAUCAGUGUUCAGUUUACAGAGUAGAACACCUUUCAUUUGCAAUGUAAAACUAAAGAGGAAGCUAGGCACACCCUGUCAGAGAAAAAUGCAGUGCAAUCCCUGUUUUCUUAUGUCUUCACAUAUUCUGAUUACAACAAUUUCCUGAUCAUAAGAUUAUAGUUUUCCCUUGUAAGAAAGCUUUGCAGUACAGUAUUAUUCUGUAUUUUUGCUGCUCUUCCAGCUAAUAGCUGGAAAGGUCCAUAUGCAUGUUUACUUCAUUCAACAAUUAAUAUUCAUCAUGAGGAAACAAAGACAUGUUGUGUGUUGUACUGGAGUUGAGAUCUUCUGUUGCUCUUCAUUUUAAAUUCAGAUUUGGAAUGUGUUUCUCCAGAACUACAUACAGUAUUUAAAAGAAGUCCUUCAAGUUUCAAGCCAUAAAUAUUACACAUUGUUGUUGUUUAGCCGUUUAGCCGUGUCCGACUCAUCGUGACCCCAUGGAUCAGAGCACGCCAGGCCCUCC